UUUUCUGUAUCUGUCCAUAACGGAAAAAGCUAGUGUUGGUUCCAGAAACCGCUGAAAGCUUCUUCAAAUCAUAAUAAUCGAAAUUUAAAGGAACACAAAAAUUUUCAAGUCUACCCAAACAAAUUGAUAAAAUCAUUCGUCUGAGCAUUUGCAUCCCUCUUUCUGUGUGAAGGAAGAGGCAAAGAAUGGCAGCGUACAGGUGGAAGAGUUUCAACGAUGAUGGCGAUCGUCCUGAGAAACCUCGUCGCUACGGCGUUACAGAAAUGAAGGGUCCCAACUAUUCCCUUUUCUCGAGAGGCCUUCUUGAGGAUGUUUUCGAGUCUAUGGGUCAUUUUGUUGAUGGGCUAAAACUAUGUGAUGGAUCCCAUACUGUGAUGCCAAAGAAUUACAUCAAAGAAGUGACUGAUAUGGCACAUAAACACAAUGUUUAUGUUAGCUCUGGUGAUUCCGCAGAUCAAAUGCUUCGCCGAGGUCCUUCUUCUCUUAAAGAAUAUAUUGAGGAAUGUAAGCAAUUGGGGUUUGAUUCAAUUGAGCUUGAUGUUGCAUCACUUGGUUUACCUGAGGAGACCCUCUUGAGAUAUGUGAGGCUGAUUAAGAGCAGUGGGCUCAGGGCUAAGCCUCAGUUCUCUGUCAAGUUUAAUAAGUCUGAUAUAGCCUUCGCCGGUGACAGAGCUUUUGGGGCUUACGUGAUUCCAGCACCUCAAACCUCUGAGAUGGUUGAAGAUGUGGAUCUUUUGGUCAGAAGGGCAGAGAGAUGCUUAGAAGCUGGGGCAGACAUGAUAAUGAUCAAUGCUGAUGAUUUAUGUAGGCAGGCUGGUUUACUAAGAUCAGAUAUUGUUGCGAAGAUUGUGGGUCGUCUUGGACUUGAGAAAACUAUGUUUGAGGCAUCAAAUCCUAAAAUCUCUGAGUGGUUUGUCAAACGUUAUGGUCCAAAGGUUAAUCUUAUCGUGGACCACUCACAAGUAAUGGAUCUGGAAUGCCUCAGAGGACGUAACCUGGGUCAAAAUCACUCAUCUGUACUUGGCAGGUCAUAUUUUUUGCUCUGAUCUUAUGGUGUCCAUAGAGAAAAUUGUGCAGAUCUGUAAAAUGCUUUGCUUGUCAUGUUCAGAUCAUGUUUGAACUUUUAAAUGAAAAAAAAAAGGAGAGUACACUUCAGAUAUGUACUCAUGUACUGUAAUGAUUGCAGUCUUUUCAGGGACUUCUUUUUUUUUUUUGCUUGAAGUUCAGCUGUUUGUAAAGAUGUUCUUUUAUGUUCUAGUGCCUAAAUGGCUGAAAGUUCACCAAAUUUUUGAAGGAUUUGAGGAUCUGUGCUUUUGAAUA